AUGACUCUUUCACUCGACGAACCACUAUUGUUUCCCAGCCAAAUCCAACAUGGCGAACUCAAGGUAAAUAAGAUCCAACUGAUCACAUUCCAGCUCCUCAUAAUUUACAGAUUUGAAUACGUCAAGAACUUUGAGCAGCCAGAUGUGCUGCUCCCCAACACCUGGAUUGUGGUUCGCAUUGAUGGACGAGGAUUCCACAAACUUUCCGACCAUUAUGGCUUCGUAAAGCCCAAUGACCGUCGCGCGCUGGAUCUGAUGAAUGCCGCUGCAGUCGAAGUCAUGAAAGACCUUCCAGAUCUAUGCAUUGCCUACGGCGUUAGUGAUGAGUUCAGUUUUGUAUUCCAUCCUAAUUGCCAGCUCUUUGAGCGGCGUAAUGGGAAACUGGUAACGACCGUCGUCUCAACUUUCACUGCAUACUAUAUCUACAAGUGGAGCGAAUACUUCCCAGAUACGCCACUUAAGCCGCCUCUUUUACCUUCAUUUGAUGGCCGUGCGGUUAUCUAUCCCAAUGCUCAGAUCUUGCGUGAUUAUAUGAGUUGGAGACAGGUUGAUUGCCAUAUCAACAACCUCUACAACACCACUUUUUGGCAUAUGGUGUUGAAGGGCGGCCAGGGUAAUACAGAGGCUGAGCUAGAGUUGAAGGGUACCGUGGCAGCGGAUAAGAAUGAGAUUCUCUUCAAGCGAUUUGGAGUGAACUACAAUAAUGAAUUGGAGAUCUACAAGAAGGGCACUGUUCUCUAUCGUCAGUAUGAACUGGAAGAGCCGAAAGCUACACCAGCAUUGGAAGAACAACAACAGCCCGAGGCAAAGCAGUCACGAUCACAGCAAGACAAGGUCCGUAAAUUGCGCCGGAAGGCACAAGUUGCGGUCGAUCAUGUCGAUAUCAUUAAGGAUGAGUUCUGGAACAGACGGCCGUGGAUCCUAUCAGGAAACCCGGGCAAGUUACCGGUCACCGAGCAAUAG